UGAUUCCACUUCAAUAGAAGGCGGGCAUCGCAGCACGACAGUAGGGGAAGCAUGGCGCUCGCUCUGCAGGUCCUCACACUGUGUCUCGUGCUUUGUGGAGGUCUCUGCUACUUGGACGUCUAUGCGAAGAACAUUACUGUUCAAGUAUGGGAAAACGACGUCCCAAUGCUCCAUAAUUAUGCCUCCACAGCCGUCGACAGCAUGAGCUUUGAAGUGCUCCAGUACAAUCUCUUUGGCAGACCGUUCGAAGUCUCCAAGGACGGACAGAGUGAGCGACUGCAGCGAGUGCCUGAGUCACUACAUCAGAUUUCAGAGACCAUCGACGUUGUGACUUUCGCGGAGGCAGAUAUUCGAACGCAACGCGAUGAAAUGUUGGACCAAUUCAGAGUGUUUGGAUUCAACUAUUCCACGACAAUUCUGCACGAUCCAGACCCGUUCACAAGUUUACUGAACGGAGGAGUGAUGGUGGUGUCCAAGUGGCCCAUCAUUCGAGAGGCGCAGCACGUGUAUCGCAAUGCCUGUCAUUACUCUGACUGUCUGGCUGCCAAGGGAGUCAAGUACGCAAGAUUAUUAAAAUCGGUUGACGGAACAGCCAAGAUCUUCAAUGUGUUCGCCACGCACAUGCAGGCGUGGUCGACACCUGAAGGCCGGUCGGACCGAAUUCAGCAAGCUAAGCAGAUGCGUCAAUUCAUCGAUGCAAUUGAUAUCCCGCAUCACGAGCCGUUGAUCUUCGCAGGAGACUUUAACGUCGACAAUCACACUUUUGGAGACGAGGUGGCGCACCUGGUGGCGCUGCUUGAAGCUCAUGAGCCUCGACAAAUAGGCAAGCAAGCUUUUACGAGCGACCCACACACGAACGUACUUGUUGGGCGUGACGGAGCUGCGAUCAGCAACAAAUGCUCAGCGCAAUACGUAGCGAACUGGGGGCCGCCGAAGGAUGGCGUGUUCCACCCGUCAUUUCUCACGCGUACAACCUGCGGAAUGCACAGCGAGAUCAAUGAGUCAAAGUGGCUGGUAUUCGUUGACCCCGACACAAUGUGCUACUGCCCAUGCUGUCCAUUGGAGUGGCUAGACUACGUUCUUUACGGCAAAGCUCCUUAUCAGCAGCCCAGUAAAGUCCCAACACUCGAAGCCCACGUGAACCAAGUCAAGCAUUUCACCGUGGACUGGACAGCACCGCAAAGCAACAUGAAGAUGGCGCUGGUCGAUUUAUCCGAUCAUUACCCGGUACACGCGAAGUUCGAGUUCCCAGUUACUCGUGGUAAAGGGAGGGAUGACGAUCCCUUAACGUACCAUUUGGACGGAUGCUCAACGGACGAUGAUUGCCACUUCCGCAACUUCCGCUGCUACUGCAAUGGACCCAACUGCUUCUACCAGGGCAACCACACGAAUGGAUGGGACCUCGACUCGAACCACCCAGUCAACCGCAAUUGUUUGUUCCAAAAAACCUCCUUCAGGUGCCUAUGUGGACCGACAUGAUGGUAGUUGUUGAAUGUGGCUAAAGUAAAAUACAUAUAGGUACCAGUGAGGGCGUUACGUACCACUAAGAGCACAGACUUUUAAAGCCAAGUGAACAUGUAACGACCCACCUAUCCUUGGCUGCUUAGUGGCGUCCUUAGGAGACAUCGACUUCUCCAGAGUUUCAAAAGAC